AUUAAAAGCCGGAGAUCCUUAAUUACUUUUCUCCAUAUAGCAGCUAUGGCCGAGGAGGUGACAACAAUGGUGCUGAAUGUAGUGGACCUACAGUGCUCAAAAUGCUACAAAAAGAUCAAAAAACUUCUCUGCAAAUUUCCUGAAAUACGAGAUCAGGAGUAUGAUGAGAAGGCAAACAAGGUGACAAUUAAGGUGGUGAGCUGCUCGCCGGAGAAGAUCAGGGACAAGUUAUGCUGCAAGGGUGGUGGAUGCAUCAAGAGCAUUGAGAUACCUCCGCCUAAGCCUAAGCCUGAGUCUAAGCCUGAGCCUAAGCCUGAGUCUAAGCCUGAGUCUAAGCCUGAGUCUAAGCCUGAGCCUAAGCCUGAGCCUAAGCCAAAGCCUGUGAAAGUAUCUGUAGAUGUACAAGUCCAGGGGACUAUUUCUUGUAAAUGCUCUAGCGGAAGGCCUAGGGACCCAUGUUCCUGUGGCGGGCAAUUCGAAUGCGUUGUGUGUUAUUAUAAAUUCUGUAGCGGAAGCUCUUGGGGCCCAUGUUCCUGUGGCGGGCGAGGCCAAUGCGUUCCGUGUUAUGGGAGACCCGGUUGCGACAGCUGGUGCGGUUCUGGAAGCGGUUGUGGAGAAACUCAACAAGACUGCUCAAUCAUGUAAAUACUAAUAACAAUAAUCUGUUUGGAAUCCAGCCAAGCUAAAUUCAAUAAUAAGUACCUGUUAUUUUA